UCAAAAGAAAAAAAAAUGUCUUUAUCAAAUUCCUUUACUGUUUUUGUUUUAUCUUUAGUGGUGUGUUUGGUUAUUCCUAAAUGUCAAGCUGAUGCAAAUGCUACACAGACAUCAAAACUAGUGAUUGAUGCAAAUUCUGGAAGGCCUAUUUCAGACACAUUCUUUGGAGUUUUUUUUGAAGAGAUUAAUCAUGCUGGAGGCGGUGGAUUGUGGGCCGAACUUGUGUCAAAUAGAGGUUUUGAAGCAGGAGGUUCUAGUGUUCCCUCAAGUAUUAUUCCUUGGACAAUUAUUGGAGAUGAAUCAAAUAUUAUAGUAUCAACUGAUCGUAGUUCUUGUUUUGACCGUAAUAAAGUUGCUUUGCGUAUGGAUAUUCUUUGUCAAAGAAUAUCUUGUCCACCUGGUGGUGUUGGUAUUUCUAAUCCUGGUUAUUGGGGCAUGAACAUUGAGCAAGGGAAGAAGUAUAAAAUAGAUUAUGUUAGAGCAACUAGUCCAAUUAAUUUAGAAGUUUCAUUUGUCGGUUCUAAUGGAGUAAAAUUGGCUUCAACAAACAUAAGGACAUUUGGAAAAAAUGUAGCAAAUUGGACAAAGAUGGAGAAUAUUGUUGAAGCUAAUGCAACAGAUCAUAAUUCAAGUCUUCAAAUCACAACAAGUCAAAAGGGAAUUGUAUGGUUAGAUCAAGUGUCAGCUAUGCCAUUGGAUACAUAUAAGGGUCAUGGUUUCCGAAAUGAUAUUUUUCAAAUGGUGGCAGAUCUAAAGCCAAAAUUUUUAAGAUUCCCAGGUGGUUGUUUUGUUGAAGGAGACAAUCUAAGAAAUGCUUUUAGGUGGAAAGAUACAGUUGGGCCCUGGGAACAGAGGCCUGGACACUUAAAUGACAUUUGGAAAUAUUGGACUGACGAUGGACUUGGUUAUUUUGAGGGACUCCAACUAGCAGAGGAUCUUGGUGCAUUGCCUGUAUGGGUGUUUAACAAUGGUAUUAGCCAUCAUGAUGAAGUUGAUACAAAUGCAAUUUCACCAUUUGUGCAAGAAGCCCUAGAUGGUAUUGAGUUUGCUAGAGGUUCUCCCACAUCACAAUGGGGUUCUCUUAGAGCUUCCAUGGGACAUCCUGAUCCAUUUGAUUUGAAAUAUGUUUCAAUCGGAAAUGAAGAUUGCAAUUUAUUUAAUUAUCAAGAAAAAUACAUGAAGUUCUAUAAAGCUAUAAGACGCGUUUAUCCUGAUAUUCAGAUUAUUUCAAAUUGUGACGGUUCUGUAAAUCCACUAAAUCAUCCGGCAGAUAUCUAUGAUUUCCACAUUUAUACAAAUUCUAAGGACAUCUUUUCAAUGUCUACCAAGUUCGAUAACGCACCACGAUCCGGACCAAAGGUGUUUGUAAGUGAGUAUGCUGUUUGGAAGGAAGAUGCUGGCAAUGGAAGCCUUUUGGCUGCUGUGGCUGAGGCUGCAUUCCUUAUUGGACUUGAAAAGAAUAGUGAUAUCGUCAGCAUGGUUAGCUAUGCACCCCUAAUGGCAAACAUAAACGAUAGAUUAUGGACACCAGAUGCAAUUGUUUUCAACUCUUAUCAACUUUAUGGAACUCCAAGUUAUUGGCUCCAACAACUCUUCAUUGAAUCUAGUGGAGCAACUUUGCUUAAUUCAACUCUCCAAACUUCUUCUACUUCACUUGUUGCUUCCGCAAUUCAUUAUAAAAAUUCUCAAGAUGGGAAUAAUUAUAUAAGAGUAAAGGUAGUAAAUUUUGGCACUGUCGUUGAAAACUUCGGAAUUUCAAUAAAUGGCUUAAAAUCAAAUCUGCAACAGACAGGUUCAUCGAUUGUUCUACUUACAUCUCCUAAUAUAAUGGAUGAGAAUUCAUUCUCAGAGCCAAAUAAGAUUGCUCAUCUACGAGUUCCACUCGAGAAGAAAAUCGAGGAUCUGACUUAUGGACUUCCUCCUUAUUCAAUUACAUCAUUUGAUCUCUUAAUUUAAAAUACUAUGGUGGAAUGUUUCUUGAAUUAAAUGGGAGAAAUUAAUGUAUAUUUUUUAUUUAUUUCUAUUCCUCCUUAUUGUUGAAACAAUAUUGAUAAUGAGGUUGAUUCUUGUCGUAAUUUAGGUUUUAUUGAAGUUGUCUAGAGAAAAAAAAAAACUAGAGUGGUCAAGGGUCAUUGCUCCCAACACUAUUUAAUGUACUUUUUUUUUUUUUUUUCUGGGUUAGGUCUAUAUCCCCUCAUGUAUUUGUAAUUUUUAUUUUAAUCUACUUUUAGCUUUAAAAA